GCGAGAGCACGCGCGAGAGAGAGAGAGAGCGAGAGCACGCGCGAGAGAGAGAGCCGAGAGCACGCGCGCGAGAGCGAGCGAGAGCGUGCACGAGUGUGCGCGCGAGAGAGCGAGAGCGCACGAGAGAGCAAGAGCGCGCAAGAGCGAGAACACGCGAGAAAGCAAGAGACAGAGCGAGAGU